CAUUUUUUCUAAGUUCCAGAAACUAACUCCAUGAUUUUCCUACGUCAACUUUGGUGCUCAAUUCAUAUAUUGCAUCUUCCGAUGAUCUCCACAUCCCACUUUCUUUCAAUCCCUACCGUCCAUUCUCAAACUUCAGUUGACAUUCCCGCCAUUUCCUUCUCCAAGAAACCAUAUCAUGCCGCCAAAAACAACGACCGUUUUCACCAAAUCUCUCUCACUUCUCCCUCCUACUCGACUCAGAUCAUUAACAACCGUUCCCGAGUCAACUCACUUAACCGAUCCCCACUCAACCCAUUCUUUCUGCUCCAGAGCCCUAAACUUCUCUGCCAAAAUGGGUUUUCUUCGUGAAGGAAAACAAGUACAUUCACAUGUUAUAAAGUUGGGAUUUUGUAAUGUAUUGUCCUUGCAAAAUCAGAUUUUGAAUGUCUAUAUAAAAUGCAAGAGCUUUAAUUAUGCGCACAGAUUGUUUGACGAAAUGCAUGUGAGAAAUGUGGUUACAUGGAAUACUGUGAUUUGCGGGCUUGUAGACUGCAGGGGCAGUGAUUAUGAGUCAAGUGUCUACAUGGGUUUUUGUUAUUUCAGGAAAAUGCUGCUCGAUAAGGUAGGUUUUGAUGCUAUAACUCUUAAUGGGUUGCUUCGCGCAUGUCUCGAGUUAAACGAUGUCGAGAUUGGUAGAGAAUUGCAUUGUUUUAUAGUGAAAUUGGGUUUUGCAGUGAAUAGUUUUGUCAACAGUGCUCUGGUUGAUUUGUAUGGGAAAUGUGGAUUAGUCAAGGAAGCGAGGCGUGCUUUUGAUGAAGUAUACUGUAGAGAUUUGGUGUUAUGGAAUGUGAUGCUGUCUUGCUAUGCUAUGAAUUGCUUAGCUGAAGAGGCUUCCGGUUUCUUUAAGUUAAUGCAAGAGGAGAAUUUUAUGACAGAUGGUUUUACAUUUUCUAGCAUACUCAAUUCAUGUGGAACUCAGGGAUCUUGUAACCUAGGAAGACAGAUCCACGGUCUUGCUAUCAAACUGUCUUUUGAUUUAGAUGUAUUGGUGGCUAGUGGCCUUGUUGACAUGUAUGCAAAGAGUGAAAAUAUAGAUGAUGCUCGGAAGGCUUUUGAUGGGAUGGCUGCUAGAAAUGUAGUCUCUUGGAAUACUAUGGUUGUGGGUUAUGGUCGCCUUGGAGAUGCGGGGGAAGCUAUGAAACUUCUCAUUGGAAUGUUUCAAGAAGAUUUAAGACCUGAUGAAAUUACUCUGGCUAGCAUUAUUAGAUCAUGCAGCAGUGCAUUGACCUAUUGCGAAAUUAUGCAAGUCAAUGCUUAUGUACUUAAAAAUGGUUUCCAUGCCUUUUUAUCAAUUGCAAAUACUUUAAUAAAUGCAUACUCCAAGGGUGGUAGCAUUGCAAUGGCACUUCAGUGUUUUAGCACAGUUAUGGAGCCUGAUCUUGUUACUUGGACUUCACUUAUUGGUGCGUAUGCAUUCCACAGUCUUCCAAAAAAAAGUAUUGAUACUUUUGAGGAGAUGUUAGCUGAUGGUGUAUGGCCAGAUCAAAUUGUCUUUCUGGAAGUCCUUUCUGCCUGUAGCCACGCAGGGCUAGUAAAUGAGGGGCUUCAUUACUUCAGUUUAAUGAAAGAUUAUCAUAUUUGGCCAGGUUUAGAGCACUAUACUUGUCUCAUUGACCUUCUCGGUAGAGCCGGUCUCUUGGACGUGGCUUUUAAUAUUUUGAAUUCAAUGUCAAUUGAGUAUAGCUCAGACACCUUGGGAGCAUUUAUCGGGGCAUGUAAAAUCCAUGGAGACGUAAAAUUAGCUAAAUGGGCCGCAGAAAAGCUUUUGGAAAUGGAGCCAAACAAGCCUGUAAAUUAUACUCUUAUGUCUAGCGUCUUUGCUUCUGAAGGUCACUGGCAUGAUGUGGCAAGAAUACACAAACUGAUGGGGGAUAGGUGUGGUCACGGAGUUCCAGGUUGUAGCUGGAUGGAAUAUGCUGGUGCCAUAGAUGAAGUUCCUGUCAAAAUUUAAUCGGUGUAUGGUAUGUUAGGGAAUGCCCCAUGGGUAAUACAGGAACAAUAUUUUCUUUCCCAAGUACAUGCCAUGCAUGACAAUGUUUGUGAUGAACGUGCACCCUAGCUCCCCUCAUCUGAUGCCUUGGCUUGAAACAAGCUUCUCGACUGGUGAAAAUGUUUUGAUAGCAAGGCUGACCCCCUUUCAUCUUACUGGGCCUAGUGGGGCGAGACGGUCCAAAUAUAGAAGGCAAGUUAAACCGCGACUCAGGUGUUAAGCUUUUUGCUCACUCGAGUGUCAUUGAACAAGUGGCUCAACUAAAAUCUGAUCGUAGUAUGCAUCUUUGAAGUCAUUUGGAUAAUUCUCAUACUGCAAAUAUCGCAACAUCCUUGCUAGAAGUAUCUUCCAUACGUCCUUUUCUUUGUGUUGCUGACAUCAGCAUUUGUUAGGUAAUAGAGAUCCAGUAUAGAAACAUCACCCGCCUUCUACCACUAAAAGUUGGUUGGGUUCUGAUUGAAUUGUCACAUCUCCCUAGUAACAAGUCAAAUUACCACCAAUCCAUUUUUUUAUUUGUUGUAAAACAGGUGUUGGUGGAAAGUUUCCCUUUAAACUCUGGCAAUCUUCAACAAACUGCAAAACCCUGUCAUUUUCCACUGCCAUUUCAGUACUCAUCACUGUUUAUAACUCUGACAAUCUCCAUCCUAACUGCACAGACCAGUUGAUUGACUUCUAAUCAAAGAGUUUCUAUCUUCAUGUGCGGUGCACUCUCAUGAUAUAAAUGUUGUUUCUAUGUCUGGUAAGCUCCACUUCUGUGGUGGAUUUGUCUGGUACGAAUUCUGCACAUGCAAAUGAUUUGGAAAUAUUCUCCUCGAACUGCAAUCAGUAAUUUAGCCAAUGCUCUUUAAAGCUGCAAGCAAUUUUAAUUUUAAUUCCCGAACAUAAUACAAAAUGAAUAGUCUGAAAGGAGUUUCUUUCCUCAUGGACACGACCUCUCUUUUGCAACGGCUAUCAUAUUUUUUCUUAAUCUGGGAGGGUAUGGUAGAAUAUAAUCAAAUUAAUGUUUCUGUCAUAAGAGUUAUUAUGCAUUGUUUCCGUGUUAGUGUGUGAAACUGGCUUGAGGAACAAAGAAGGUAGACAAUCCAGAUGAUUUCUUGCUUGUCAGUAACGGAAUUUGAGGUUUUUGUGAAAUCUAUUAUCCUAGGAUCUGUGGGGCCUGCUGAAGUGAUCAACCACUCAGCUUCUGUUUCUGAAGUAGUUUGCAAGAAUUCUUGAUCAACUAAACGUUAUACUCUAUUAGGGUUUUUGGUGUGAAACCAACUGUGAUUUGGACAGGGAAAGGAUCCAAACUACCAUCCAUUACAACUUGGGGACACAUUGAAUAGAGCACAGACCCUCAAGACACUCUUGAAACUGACACGUGACAGUUAAGUGUAACAUCACAGCCCUUCUCUGUCUCUGUGCAAACUGUCCAGCACAAAGAGAGGCCAAGAUGUUUCGGUGUCUUUAUGAGUGAAAUGAAGGCCACUAGCUGCUACCAAGUGCUGGGAUUUGACUCAGGGCACGACCAAGCAAUAAGAUAACCUUUUCCUUGUGGGAUUUCUGUGGUUCAAUGAGAGAAGAUUGUCCACACUCCCGGCCUCACGAUUUAACAACUUUUUCUAAUUUUUAGAGUGUUGAUAGCGUCAACAACCAACACAUGAUUUUGUUUCUCUGCGGAAUGUCAAUCGAUCAAUCUUUAGAUCCUUUUCUUAACUAGUCAAAAUGUAUUGGUGUCAUUUUAAUCUUAUUCAGUUGUUCA